AUGUCAAAGAGGCGAUUUGAUGAUACUGUCGAUAACGGGAUAUCCAACCCUUGGGAGAGGAAACGCUUUCGAGCACUAGAAAAACGCCUGCAAGGUCUGCGAAUAGAUCCUUUAGAUGCAAGCAAUGUGGCUUCAACUUCACAAGCCUCUGGCGAUUCGCCGUCACCAGAACGACGAUUGUCUAUCGCACUACGUUACCCCGAUGGAAAACGACAAAUCGCCGAGCUGGAAGUUGACACAAAAGUAGAGCGGCUCUUCCAAAUCAUCCAUGCGCACGGUGUCUCUCCAAGUAUGGUUGUGUUGAUUAAGCAAUUCCCGAAAACGGUAAUCUCACUCGAAGACUCGCAAAAGACGUUAGCAGAACUCGGUAUUACAACAAGUGAGGCGUUAUUCGUUGAAGAAAAA